CGUGUUUUCCAGUGCACGGCGAAGCUCGGGACAAUGAAGCAGAAUUCUAACGUACCGGCGUUCCUGAGCAAACUGUGGACGCUGGUGGAGGACUCAGACACCAACGAGUUUAUCACAUGGAGCCAGAAUGGUCAGAGUUUCUUGGUCCUUGAUGAACAACGAUUUGCAAAAGAGAUCCUGCCUAAGUACUUCAAACACAAUAACAUGGCCAGCUUUGUGAGGCAACUAAACAUGUAUGGUUUCAGGAAAGUGGUCCAUGUUGACUCUGGAAUUGUAAAGCAGGAGAGAGAUGGUCCAGUUGAAUUUCAGCAUCCGUUCUUUAUUCAAGGGCAAGAUGAGUUACUGGAGAAUAUCAAAAGAAAGGUAUCCGCCACAAGACCUGAAGAAGCUAAAGUGAGACAGGAAGAUAUCUCUAAAAUUUUAAACAAUGCUCAAAAAGUUCAGAUGAAACAAGACACUAUUGAUUCGAGACUGUUCACAUUGAAAAGGGAAAAUGAAGCUUUGUGGAGAGAAAUAACUGAUCUACGCAGCAAACACUCCCAGCAGCAGCAGGUUAUUCGGAAGAUUGUGCAGUUCAUUGUGACUUUGGUGCAGAAUAACCGAUUAGUGAGUUUGAAGAGAAAAAAGCCUUUGCUCCUCAAUACACAGAGUUCUCCAAAAACAACCAUCUUACAGACAAUAGUUACAGAAACCGCUGAAGACAAGCAUCAUAAGACCCAUAGGGGAGAAGGCCUAAACAGAGGGGAGAUUUCUGAUGAUAUAGUAAUUUAUGAUAUAACAGAAAACACGGAGGAAGUAGAGGAGAGAAAUGUACUUACACCAGAAAGUUCAGAUCAUUCUGCUGACACAUUGAAUGACCGGCUUUCACCUGAAAUUGUAAUAGUGGAGGACGAUUUUGAGGAUGACGAUGCCUCCAUUCUUCCAGAAGAUAGAAGUGCAGGAGUGAUUGGUGCACUGAGCCCGGUCCGAGAAGAUGUCUCAAGCCCACUGAUGUCUGGUCCACUUCAACUUAAUAACCAGUCCUCGCUUUCGUUUGAAGACCCUGUAACCAUGAUGGAUUCCAUUCUUAAUGAGAGUGGUGUAAUUUCUCAAAAUAUUAAUCUCCUUGGAAAAGUUGAGCUUUUGGAUUAUUUAGACAGCAUUGACUGCACUUUAGAAGAUUUCAAAGCAUUAUUGUCAGGACGUCAGUUCAGCAUAGAUCGAGACCUCCUGGUAGAUAUAUUCGAGAGUAAUGUGCAAAUGAGUCCUUCUGACUUUCUUAAUGGCCCAAAGUUGGAAACGAAAGGAAUCGAGACAAAAAACAGUGAAGUUGUUCCAGGACCAGCAAAUACAGAUGGUAUAAAAUCAGGCCAACAGCUUGUACAAUACACAUCCUACCCCCUUAUGGCUUUUCUGGACGGAGACUCUGAAACCUUUGCAUCGGAUGUCCCAUCUGCCAAGGCAACCGAUAUGAACAAUUUAUUAGAAUCAAGCCUAAACCUGGAAUCGGAGCCCACGCAGAGUAAACUUGUGCGUUUAGAGCCCCUGACUGAAGCCGAGGCCAGUGAAGCUACUUUGUUCUAUUUUUGUGAACUUGCACCUGCACCUCUGGACAAUGACAUGUCUUUACUGGACAGCUAGAUACCUGGGACCCUGUACACCUGUAGAUAUUCAUCAAAAUGAUGAACUAUUUAUUUAAAGUAUCAUUUUGGUACACUGUGUUUCUCCCUCAUGAUGUUUUGCAAUUUUUUGACACUGCAAUUUUCACGUUUUUGUUUAUGUACAAAAUAAUCUGCUAGAUUUGGUUGCAUUUUAAAGACCUGUUAUCAUUUUAAACCAACGGUUUCAUAAUCUAGGUUUGUUUUACCUUUUUGGUUGUGUUUAGUUGUCGGCUGUCACCUGAGCUCCAUUAAUCCAUGUUGCUUUUAUAUGUAAUGUGUAUAUACACCUACUCUGCAAUAUGCACAAAUUCCUAAUCCUAUGACA